AGCUGACAGCGCCCCCCUUCCCGUUUUCAACUGUUUCCGUUCAAUUGAACGUUCCAGAACGUAAAAGCGUAGUUACUGAACGCAGCCCUGCAAACAUUUGCUAGUGUUGUUGAGAGAAAGCGAGGAAUGUUGAAAUAUUUCGUUCGAUGGACAAACUGAAAAGGCAGAAGAUAUAGUUCGAAUAGCUUGCCUCAUCGAAGUAAAGUAUCGAGCUAGCUAAGGAAUAACGUUACAAAAAUGUCUUCGCCAAGUCCAGGCAAGAGGCGAAUGGAUACCGACGUGGUGAAACUCAUCGAGAGCAAGCAUGAGGUAACCAUCCUCAGCGGACUCAAUGAGUUUGUGGUCAAGUUCUACGGCCCUCAAGGAACACCGUAUGAAGGAGGUGUAUGGAAGGUACGAGUAGACCUACCGGACAAAUACCCCUUCAAGUCUCCAUCUAUAGGAUUCAUUAAUAAAAUCUUUCAUCCCAACAUUGAUGAAGCGUCAGGGACGGUGUGUCUAGAUGUCAUCAACCAGACGUGGACAGCCCUGUAUGACCUGACCAACAUCUUUGAGUCAUUCCUGCCCCAGCUGUUGGCCUACCCCAACCCCAUCGACCCUCUCAACGGAGACGCUGCCGCCAUGUACCUGCACCGGCCAGAGGACUACAAACAAAAGAUCAAAGAGUAUCUCCAAAAGUAUGCGACAGAGGAGGCUCUAAAGGAGCAGGAGGAGGGAGGUGACUCCUCGUCUGAGAGUUCCAUGUCUGACUUCUCUGAGGAUGAGGCUCAGGACAUGGAGUUGUAGUGAAGGGCUGGCAACCGCCCUCCCCUCACCCACACGAACUAUCAUUUCCUAAAGAGCAGAAGCAAACUAUUAUAUUCAUAUUUAAACAAGGCAAUUGUUUUAUUACUAAACAAACAAGGAUUUUUAUGGAUUAUAUGUAUGAGAAGUGGCGGUGUGAAAUGUCAGUCUCCCCCUCGUCUAGGUAUUCUUUAUUACUUACUCAUAGCCCUCUACCAACACCACCCCACCCACAUUAUUACCCCCUCCUACCCAGAAAGGAGUGUAGCAUCCCCAGGAUCCUAGAUGCCCUCCUGCGGCCUGGGUGAUAUUCUGAUUAACCUUUGACCCAACCAUGAUGGAACCGACGAUAGGGCGAGAGCAAAGCAUCAUGGGAAGACAAGACUGUCAGACUGUCAUUGUCAUGACGGAGACGGAUGGAAUGUUUACACUCAGUAACCCCCCCCCCCCCCCACCACCACAGUUUAGAUUUUUAAUUCUCAGAAUUGUUCUGUAUUUGGUGAGUGAAACACUGUUUCAACAGUUACAGCUUGUUCCCCCUCCCCAUGCUCUACCAGAAGCUCUCUGUCUCUAGUGCAAGGCCCCCUCUCUCUGGAGUUAUUUCCACAAUAAGGAAUUACACAGUUUCGAAAGUCAUUUUCUGCCUUCCUUUGGGUGGGGUUGGAAGCUACCAUCAGUAACCUGAUCACUCAUUCCUGAAGAUCAGUUUGUGGGUUUCAUCCAGAUCCACCUAUCCAAUAUGGCUGUUGUUGACCCAUCUUUCAGGCCUUGCCCCAGAGGCCAGUAUACAAGCCUAUCAACCCACCACACCCUGGUUGUCAUAGAAACUGUUCUGUAAACAAGCCUUUCACCCUGUAGACAGGAGCACCAGCUCACCAACCAAAGACAACCUACCACACUUAACACCUGAGAGGUGGGGGGGUGGUGUGUGUGUGUGUGUGUGUGUGUGUGUGUGUGUGUGUGUGUGUGUGUGUGUGUGUGUGUGUGUGUGUGUGUGUGUGUGUGUGUGAGAGAACCUCAUGUUGUUAGACCCAACUGACCCAGGUGGAAACGAAACGGACUACUAGAGCCAUAGUAGUUUCUCAUCUCCGUGACAACCCUAACACACACAGCAUGACAAACUGUUGUUGCUCUGGAUGAGAGAACCACAGAGAUGAAGUACUAUCAAACCAGGAGCUGUCUGUCACUAAACAAACUCCCACUGUUGUCCACCAGACACUCCUUUAGCCCUCCUCUCCGUUUUAGGAAAGUGUUUCAUUCUCUACGCAUCCUUUUGUACCUUGUGGCAUGAUCCAGAAGUGAAGUUGUGUAGUGCUUUGUUGAGCUUAUUUGCUGUAGAAAUCUAGAAAAGACACCUCAUGUGAGAUGGAUGGGUUUCUAUCUAGAUGUCAGCGGUGUCCAGUCGUAUACACACUGAGGGCCAGUGCAUGGCCAGGCUUCAUUCCAUCCAAGCACUAACACACUGGUUUGGACUUCUCUCAGUCUUUAUGGAAGACUAUGAUUAGUUGAAUCAGGUAUGUUGGUUGGUACAGGAGCCACACCACUGGCCCUCUGUAGAUAAAACGGGACUGCCCUGAUCUAGGGGUUGGAUUGGGUUGUUGUGUGACAGGGCUGGGAGGUGUUGAGGAGUACCUGGGGACUUGUGGGGUGUAGAGGAAUUUUGCCUGUUGCUUGUGUUCAACUAUAAUAGGUAUUUGACUUGCGUAGUGCUAGUUAAUGUGCCAGAUGGUGAAUCCUAUUAUAAUCUAUGGUUUUAUUCCUUCUAUAGCAAGCUACUUUCAAAGAGAAUUGUCCUGUAAAGGUGAAGCAUUUAGUUUUAAUUAGAUUUGUUUUUUUCUUCUCCUGAUUUGAAUCUGAUCCUCCAAAGGCAUGUUGCAUCUCUGUAUCCUUUCUCUUAUGCAAAUAGUCUCUUCUGUUUGCAUUGUCAGUGUGCAAGUGAACUUAUCUAGCCUGGGUGUCUGGCUGUUUCUGCUGUGGCCAACUCUUUUGUUCACUGUUUUGGCGCCAUGUUGGGCUAAAGCAGAAACACACUGUCUGGCACCCAGGCUAGAUGAGUACAGCUACAUACCCAGACUGGCAAGCAGUGUUUUAGGGAGUGCUCCAGGAUUCUCCUCUCCUACUAUUGUGUUCAUGGAGAGGUUGGUCAAGGCUCAUCAACCUACACAGGGUGUCCCAUUCAUGCCACAGUACAGUACAUGGGCCCAAUCAUAUCCCCAGAUUGGUGUGCUUAAUCCUAUGAUAUUCUAUAGGGCACAUUCUAUAUGAGACUUUCAGAUAGAAAUGUAAUGUGAAUGGGUGUCUAUUCCACACAAGAGGAUAUUGUCCCUUCUGUACAUGACAGAUAUGAUUUUCUAAACAUUGUGCAUCAAUUCAAUAUGCUACUAGUGAUGGGUACAGUAACUGAAAAAGGUCGAGGUCCUAAACUUUAGGAGCCUGGUGUAUAUUAUUGCCAUAAUAAUGUUGACUCUUUGCUCAAAGCAGAUGUCAUAAUGCUUCAAAACACUGCCGUAAUACUGACGUAAAGCCUGUUAAAGGGGUGUGUACUGGCCUCUUGUCCCAGGUCACAUAAGACGAGAUGUCAUCUGUAUUUCUUUAAGAAAACUCAUCAUAGCUUUCAUUGGGGACAUCCUAGUCGUACACAUAAGAAUUGAAUCACCAUUUAUUUAAUCCCUUUGUUUUCAUUUUCACAAAAUACAACAACUGUCAAAUGUAUAAUAAUAUAGUCAACAUCAUUAAGUAUUGGGGUGCAGGGUGAAGUUACAGAUGACAGAACAGACCCCACACGAUGAUGAAGCUAUUGUUGAUAUUUGCCUGUAAUUUGUCUUUUGCCUCCAUUAAAAUAAGAACAGGAAAAUGACAUUUCUUUGAGAAAUAAUAUUGCAUUCCCAUGUCUGUACUGACAUGGGAAAGCCUCAGCAUUGAGAUGGUUGGAGUUAGCAUUAGCAUCCUAAUACAUUGAGUGUAGUUUUAGCAUUAUGCUAACUGUGGCUCAAUAACAUGGGCACCAGACACUGUAUUACAUGUAUUGUAAUGGUUAACACAAGAGAACAGCCAUAGUGUGUAACUUUGUUGGCUAUUAGCAAAUUGAGCACAAUUUGAGGAAAAACAUGUAUUCUGCACAAAAGCAGAACAACGAACAUCUGAAGAAAAUAGGUAAUGUCUGCUCUCACUGUUCGCUGAGUUGGAAGCAACAAUCAGUGAGUGGACUGGACCCUUUCCCUAUAGCUAUUUAGCGUCAGGACACAGUCAUUACAGUAUGUGUAUUAACUCCCUUUCAAUAAUAGAUAUAUAUACUGUAUUUGAAAUGUUUUGUUGGAUUUGUUUUAAUCCUUUAAGGAUGUAGAAGACCAGAAAUUCCCACAUUUUUAAAGGCAAAUAAGUUAAUGAAUAAAUGUGCUUCCCUUGUAACUUUAAUAAAGAAAUAAACAAAAAUAUGAAAACAAA